UCUAACCAGGCGCACGUGGACUGCAGAAAGGGGGCGUGGCAAAUGAAGAUGGCCAAGCUCCGUCUCUUGCUGUGGAUCUCGCUAGCAUUGGGCUCUACUGGCAGUUCAUCAGUUGAUGGUCACACGGAAGGAGCUGCUAAGCUCGAGUCUUACAAUGUGGACGCCGGAGAGACGUCAGUGUCGGGCCUCUCCUCUGGGGCUUUCAUGGCGGUCCAGUUCCACGUCUCCUUCUCCAGCACGCUCAAGGGAGCCGGCAUCACCGCGGGGGGUCCGUUCUACUGCGCCGAGGGUCUCAUUUCCAUAGCUGUCAGUAGCUGUGCAGUCACCCCUGCACUCAUACCAGUAGCUCAGCUGGUGCUCCUGACCAAGUCAGACGCUGCUUAUGGUUUCAUAGAUUCUACUAGUUACCUGGAGAACAGUCGAGUCUUCCUCAUUUCAGGAGCCAAAGACACGGUCGUAGUACAAGGUGUCAUGGAGAAACUGGAUGAGUAUUACUCUACUUUUGUCAAGAGUGAGAAUAUUGCCAGAAACUUUUCAAUCCCUGCAGGACAUGGUCAGUUGUCCAAUGUAUAUGGGAGCAAGUGUGGUACUGCCACAGUUUCCUCUCCAUACAUCAUCAACUGUGACUAUCCCUCUGGUUUUGUGAUGCUGCAACACAUCUAUAGUGACAUCACAUAUGCAGACGAUAAUGCCAUGAUCCCUGAGAAUCUGCUGGAGUUCAACCAAUCAGAGUUCUUUGCUGGGUUCCCUGGCUUGGUUUCCAUGGAUACCACAGGCUAUGUGUAUGUCCCAACACAAUGUCAGAAGGGAUCGGCCUGCAGACUCCAUAUUGCAUUCCACGGGUGUCGUCAAGGAAGAGGUACUAUUGGAGAUGUGUUUGCAGUUCACGCUGGUUACAACGGAGUGGCAGAAAUGAACAAUAUCAUAGUGCUCUACCCUCAGGUGGUCAAAAGUACACUCACCAAUCCCUAUGGCUGCUGGGACUGGUGGGGUUAUACAGGUCCGUUUUAUGAGUCUUACAAUGUGGUCGCUGGAGAGACGUCCGUGUCGGGGUUUUCCUCUGGAGCUUUCAUGGCGGUCCAGUUUCACGUCUCUUUCUCCAGCAUUGUCAAGGGUGCAGGGAUAACUGCGGGAGGCCCAUUCUACUGUGCGGACGGUUAUUUUUCUUUGGCUAUCACUAGGUGUACGUUCAGUCCUAUAUUUAUACCAGUGGAUUAUCUGAUGGCUCUGACCGAGACAUACGCCACUAGUGGCCUCAUAGAUCCCACUAGUAAUCUGGAGAGCAGCAGAGUUUUUCUCAUCUCUGGAACCAAGGACAUAGUUGUAGUGCCAGGAGUCAUGACAAAACUGGAAGAGUAUUACUCUAAUUAUGUCAAGAGCGAGAAUAUUGAGAUUAACUUUUCAAUCCCUGCAGGACAUGGUCAGUUGUCAAAUAUGUAUGGAAGCAAUUGUGGUACCAGCAUUGUGACUGCUCCCUACAUCAUCAACUGUGACUAUCCCUCUGGCUUUGUGAUGCUGCAACACAUCUAUGGUGACAUCACGUAUGCAGACGAUAAUGCCAUGAUCCCUGAAAAUCUGCUGGAGUUUGACCAAUCACAAUUCUUUUCUGGGUUUCCUGGCUUGGUUUCCAUGGAUACCAUUGGCUACGUGUAUGUCCCAACACAAUGUCAGAACGGAGCAGCCUGCAGACUGCACAUUGCUUUUCAUGGUUGCCUUCAAGGAAGGGGUAUGGUUGGAGACGUUUUUGCUGUCCAUGGUGGUUACAACGGAGUGGCUGAAAUUAACAAUAUCAUAGUACUCUACCCUCAGGUGGCUAGCAACAUUCUCAUCAAUCCCUAUGGCUGCUGGGACUGGUGGGGCUAUACGGGACCAUUGUAUGGUGUGAAGGAAGGUCUGCAGAUGGCGGGGGUAAAGCGAAUGUUAGACCGAAUUGCCCAAUCUUGACUUGUGCCAGCUCUGUGUGUUACGUAAUGAACCGU